GCUAACAGAAUCUAUAUAUCUCAAAAAAAAAAAAGAGAGUCAAAUAAAAUAGGACCACGAGUAAUCAUCAGAUACAUAAAGAAAGAAGGACAAGGAGAAUUAGGUGGUACCAAGGAAGAGGGUGAGAGAAAGGGAGAGAUCCAGUUUGUUGUUGCCAUUGCCUGAUGAGCCAAACAGCGUAGAGGAUCACGGCGACCCCAACCAUCCCAAGAAGGGAAUUCACCAGCUUCAGCAUCGACUGGUUGGUUGGUUACUUUGCUUGAAAUGAAAUGAAACGAAGGUUGACUGACUCUAAGGUCAAAGGCCUUGUCCUCCAUCCAUCCAUGAUUCUAUCCCUCACGCCGGUGGUGGCUAGUUCUUCCCUCCGACCAUAUUCAGUGUUUCACCCUCUCUCCUCCUCUACCACUUGUCGUCGGUUGCGAUCCAUCCCUUUCCCAUCUCUCAGAUGCUCUUGUCUCAGUAGCAAACCCACUCCCCAUGGGUUCUCGGUUUUGGCAUCAGAGAUUCCGUGGGAAGACAAGAACGUAUGGACCACGUUCGCUCUUUACAUGUUUUGCCUCCAUAUUCCUCUCAGUUUUGGUGGUUUAUCCAUCCUUGCUCGCACCCUCCACACCCCUCUUCUCCAUCCUCAGACCCAAGUGCUAUCACUUGUGCUUCUCCAGUUGCUCGAACUUUCACUCACCCUCUUCCUUCUGAGGACCACCGCCAAGCCUCAAUUCAAAUCAUUCAACUUUCUUAAGGGUACUAACAACAAUGUCUCAACCCAAGGGAGAAACUGGGUGGUUGGUUCAGCUUUGGGUUUUGGAACUCUUGUUGCUUUUAUCUUCCUCACUUCACUUGUAGCUCAUCAACUCUUUCCUUCUCAGGAUGUGCACAACUCUGAAUUGGAUAAGAUUAUUGAAAGCGGGGAGGUGUCGAGAAUUGGGUGUUUUGUUCUCUACUGCGUCGUAGCUCCCAUACUUGAGGAGAUUGUGUACAGACGAUUUCUACUGAGCUCCUUAGCGUCCAGAAUGGAAUUGAGGAAGGCCCUUGUGAUCAGCUCAGGAGUAUUUGCAGCAUCUCACUUCUCUGGGGAGGAUUUUGUGCAGCUGUUUGGGAUAGGGUGCGUUCUCGGGGGAUGUUACAGCUGGUCAGGGAACUUGGCCUCGUCCGUGGUCGUCCACUCCUUGUACAAUGCCUUGACACUCCUCCUUGCGCUGCCUUCUUAGCCACACCACCCAAGAUGAGAAGAGGUGGGGGCCAUUUCCCUUGUCAGUUACGUCAUAUAGGAAUCUCUAUCUUUCUUUCUUUGGAAGACAGCGUAUAAACCGUGUGUGUGUAAAGAGACAAUCUUGAUCCCUUUUCAGUUUAAUAAAGUGUAUUGAUUAAUGGUAGUACAAGAAACAAAAGGUAAGAUGAGCUUAGCUUAACUGAGAAGAAAAAAAAGGCUUUACCAAAAGGAUGUGAUAGGUUGGUUUACACAGAAGAUGAUAUAUGUAUCUAAUGGACAUAAAAUUACGUGUACAAACAUUUUUUUUAAAGAAAAACAGAGUUUAAAGCAUUUGUUAAUCGGUGUUUAAGGCAAAAAGGAAGAAGCAAAGUGUGAAACAGAAACGAGAGAAAAGAAAGACAAUCAAAACGGGUGUGUCCGUUAGUGGGUCAUGUGGUGAUGACGAAUUCACCUAGCUGAGCUGGCUAUCAUAUUCAUCGUCCAUUCAACUAGCUUUCAAAACAAAUUUACUGGCUAAUGGCUAUACUUAUUAUAUAUUCUACUUUUUUUUUUCUUAUUUUUGUUAAACCUUUAACUACCUAUAUAUAUAUGUUUUACAAACAAUUUAAGAAAAUAAAGUCGUAAAAUUAGGGAAACAAAUUUAAGAGCAAAAAUACAGAAGAGAUUAGCUUGCCUCUUCGGUGUAAAUCUCCCUGAUUUAGCUAUUAAUAAAAGGAAAAACAUAUCUUUCUAAUUCUCAGAAUAAACUCAUCACAGCUGUCAUAUCCCUUGUCUAUAGUUAUAAAUACAGGGGAUGUGGGCACAAGACGGACUUUAAUACACAAAUAUUUACGGUGCUCCUCGAGAAAAGAGAGAUAGAAAAGAAGGAAGAAAGAAAGAAAGAUGGGAGCAUUCGAGGAUAAGGUGAAGCUGAGGGCGAUAGAGCUGAAACAUCUUCUGAAGAAAGGUAUCAAAGUCGUCAGCAAAUCUUGCAAGAAGGGAUGGUCCAAAGUCAAGAACCUUAAGCGCUAAUGAUUCCUCCUUCCUUCUCCUCCGUCUCUGUCUCUGUGUGUUUCUUUCUUUCCCCUCUAGAAAAAACCUAAGUUUUGUCUUCUUCUUUUGCUGUUGUGGGUGAUUAUAUAUUCAUCUAAGUCUUUUCCUUAAUGGUGUCUUGUAUUAAUUGAAAGAUUAAGCCUAAAUAAAAUUAAAUAUGAAACCA